UUAGCUGUUAUUUCCUGUAGCCGUCUGACAGAUGUCAGUGUGAUUCAAAAACAGCGGUUUUUGUGCCUUGGCUCGUGGCUGAUCUGUCCACUGCAGCAUGGGCAGCGUGGUGGAGACGUUGCUGUGGGCCUGGGUCAUCCUGGACUCAGCUGUGUCCUCAGUCUCACUGCCUGACAUCACUGAUGGAAAGUUCAUUGAAGAGUGUGUGAGGGAACACAACAGGGCGCGGUCCUCAGUCAGUCCAACAGCAAGCAACAUGCUCUACAUGACAUGGGAUGAGGGCCUGGCCAUCACUGCCAGAGCGUGGGCAAGGAACUGUGUGUUUGAUCACAACAUCCACCUCGGUGAUGCCCGACGUAUGCACCCUACCUACCCCUCUGUAGGGGAAAACAUAUGGACAGGCUACCCACCGUCGAAGUUUGACGUAACACGUGCCAUACAAAGAUGGGUGAAUGAAAAGCUACACUACGACUACCAAGAAAACACCUGCACAAAUGUCUGCGGCCAUUACACGCAGGUCGUGUGGGCAACUAGCUACAAGGUCGGUUGUGCUGUGCAGCGGUGCCCAAAAGGAGUCACUAACUUUAGUCCUGAUGAGGGGGCUGUUUUUGUGUGCAACUACGCCACAGCUGGUAAUGUGAGAGGAAGCCGGCCAUAUGAGUCUAAAGGGGCAGCAUGCUCAGGAUGUGAAGGCACAUGUGAGGAGCGUCUCUGCCGUAGCCCUGAACGAGAUUCACAGAAAAGCUACAGCUGGAGCCCAGACUUGGAUCCUGCUAUGACUAACAGUGACUAUGGAUAUGGAGUCAUUCUGCUAGUCAGGCCCAUUGCCCUCAUCAUCACCUUCAUCGCAGCGUUUGUAGUCCGCUACUUUUACCCUGAUGUCUUCUGCUACGAAUAGAGCUGCCAGUUCCACCUGAACACAGACUGAUUUUUAACAUUAUUUAAAAUAAGUUUUUCUUGUUUUGGCUGUACACAAACUCUGUAAAGUCUACAUGCACAUAUAAAGAAACUGCAAAAUAUCCCUCUAUUCUUUGUCCAAACUUACACCUGACAAUCUGAUUUAUUACCCUGCUUUCAUCCAUCACCAACCAGCAACUGGCUACUUGUUUUUAAGAUUCUCCUCAUGGAUGGAAACAUUUUAUGUCGGCUUCUCUGCAGAGACAAAUGGCAGACUUCAAGCUCACAGAAAAAACAAGCACUCAACUCAAUCACAGGUGAGAAUUGUCAACAAGUAAAUAGUCACUUUGAGACUGAACGUAAAGAAUCAAAAUCAACAUUAUGAAACAUUUCACCACCUUUCAAACAGCCACAACUCCCAAAAAUGUGACUAUUUUGCCUCUAUGAAUCAUGCUAGUUCUACACCAUGUUCAGGGUGGUUAGUGUAGCUCUGUAUACAGCAGUGCUAAGUCCAGUAACUAUUUAUGAAAGAAUUCAUGUACACUGAAUAUCAAGUUUGUUUGAAAACCUGUAGGAAGCUUUAACAGUAUUCCUGAAUGAGUGCAAAGAUCAAGCUACAACAGCAUUUACAGAAAUACACUACCGUUCAAAAGCUUGGGGGCACUUAGAAAAGUCCUUAUUUUUGAAAGAAAAGCAGUCUUAAUGAAUCAGAAAUCCAGUGUAGACAUUGUUAGUGUGGUAAAUGACUAUUCUAGCUGGAAAUGGCUGAUUUUUAAUGGAAUAUCUCCAUAGGGGUUACACAUUGUGUUAGCUAAUGGUGUUGAAAGGCUAAUUGAUGAUUAGAAAACCCUUGUGCAGUUAUGUUAGGACAUGAAUAAACGUGUGAGGUUUCAUGGAAAACAUGAAAUUGUCUGACUGACCCCAAACUUUUGAAUGGUAGUGUACAUCUGGCUAAAAUACACCUGAAUUUUCCUUUACAGCUGCAAUAAUUAGUGUUUAUAUAUAAACAAAAAGUCAUCUAAUUUGAAAAUAGUUGCCCAUAGUGAUAAACUCACAGAAUUAUCACUGCAGUGUGCAUUUCCUAUCAGCUUCCAGAGCAACUGAGGUAAUCAUUACUCUGCCAAGGAACACGGUGAAGCUAUGUGACGAUCGCCAUUGGUUUGUCUGUCUGUGUGUCUAUAGAACCCAGACGAGAACAUGGAUUGGAGUAUUGGUAUUUUCAAUCAGCCAUCACUUCUUCCAUUUAUUUCACUUUGAUUUGGCUAAAGGUGAUGUCAAUGUAUUCUUCAUAACUCUCGAUUAUAAAAAUAUGUUCCUUUUUACUGCACUAAGCAACAAACCAUUGGUCCAUUUAGUGCAGAAGAACAAUGUUCCCUGUAAUUUUUCCUGAGUGUGAGCAAACACACAAACUCCCUGAGCGUCCCUUGGACCACUGUGAGCAACAUCAGACGUGUGCACUGUGGUCACACCAGCAUCACAUCCAUUCAAGUUACAUGGUUCAUUAAAAGAAUCAAAUUACAGCAUUUACAUUUCUGUUAAAACACUUUGUCAACAGGAGCCAGUUGAAGGCUGCAGUGAUUUUAGUGACACUACAAUGUAUAAGAGUGAAGUUAUUGAAUAUUUGUCUCUCUUUACUGUUGCAGUGGUUUUGCAAAUUGCAGACGGACCCUGUUCACUCCAUAGACACCAAUGUUAUUCCUGUAGCUUGAAAGACAGCUACUUUUGAUAAAACUGGGCUUGUAGCACAUUGUCUGCCUUGCAACAAUGGGAAAGAGGCACCGUUUAUGUUUUGACAACCUAUAUCUAAUGAGUUAUUGAUGCUGGAAGUCCCAAUCUGUGAAUAUCUUUCCAACUUUACUGAACUUGGGGCCACUACCACCUAAGGAGGGAUAUAUUUAAUUUUGAAAAAAGCAUUUAGCCAUACUUAAAGCUUUAAGUGCUUUAUUAACACGGAACUAAAAAUUUUGUAUUGUUUUAUUAUCACAGGUUCUGUCUGAAAAGAGGUGGCGUCAUUUUAAACAGUGAAAUCAAACUAACAAAAUGUAAUGACCAACCAGUGAGCAAUACUGGAUUCUGCAAAAACAUAAACAACUUUUUUAAAAAUCUAAAUCUUAUCUAAACACAGUUAAUGUAUUAACUUAUUUUUCUGUGUAUGCAUGUAUUUAUUGAUUUAUUUAGUACUGUUAACAUAUCAGAGUUCUGAGUGAGUUUUUCUUAAGAUAGGCAAAGGCCAUUUAUUUAUCACAUAUAGGCUCUUAAAUGUUUAUUAAAAACUAAAAAGCAUUUUUAAAAAAACAACUUAGGCAUUUAUUGAGUCACUAAAAUACUGUAGAGUACAGACCACAUCAGCAUGAUUCUAAGCAUCCUCUGGUAAAUUAACAACCAGAUACUGAUGUCUCUCAUCAUAUGGACUUCAGGAGAUGACUGGGGGAUGAUAAACUGUGACCUACUGGUUGGGUUCUCUCUGUUCUCAUGUUUCUUACAUGUUUGUCCCCUGACAGCCGGGUCCUAAUGUUUUUUGAGCAACACACCAUACUAUGACGUUUUUACAAUGAUGGUUCUACUAUGGAACCAGUUUGACAUGUUCAGGUGUUCUUUGUGUGAAAACUCAGAGAUUUCAGGUAUCAGAAGGUGGUUUUCAACUUUCUUUGUUAACUUUCUGCUUCAACUUUAAACUAAAUUUCCUUGACUAACCCAGCCCUCUGGACUUCCAGUAAGCUGUGUUCCUAUUGGCUGUCCAGGUGGCUGCUUGGUGUUAUCAGGAACACCUGAGCAGCUUGGUGUUAUCAGGAACACCUGAGCAGCUUGGUGUUAUCAGGAACACCUGAGCAGCUUGGUGUUAUCAGGAACACCUGAGCAGCUCAGUGUCUUCCUGCUUUAUUUAGCUGCAGACAAACAUUUCCUCUGCUUCUCUUCACCAUGGAACCGGGUUUGGUUCCAUUGCUUCAGUUUGUUCUUUAGGCGUUGGCUUGCAGCUUCCAGCAGUAAAAUAGUCUUUAAUGUGUUUCUUGGUGUGUUUUAGGGCUUUGUACUGGAUAGUUGUCUUGGUAAAUGUGGUUCUUUAGCCACAGUUAGCACAUGGUGCUAAUGUGUGCAGUGAUUAGAGGAUUUGGUGCAGCUGUGUCUUUAUCUUGGCUGUAGUGAGUCUUUAGAGGUUUUUGCUCAGACACAUUCUGUAUUCUUGUUUGAGAACCAACGUUGGUUGUCCAGAAGGUAAGAGUUCCUGUCCUGAUUCUCUGUUCUCAGAGGUUCUCUGGUAGGCUGCAGGAGACUUUAGCGUUUGGGUUGUACUAGUUUGGUUUUUGUAUGGUUUCAUUUGGACGACUAUCUUGAGGCUCCUCCAUGUGGUUUAGUGAGGUUUUCUGGAACAGUUCUACAAAGCAACCUGCAGCAGAAGAGACUUUGAGAGUUUUUAGGAAGUUCUGGACACCAGACUUUAGAGCAGCAGAAACAUUUGUCAGCAGUUUGAGCAGGAGAAGGUGAGCUUCAGAGUAGAAAUGAGACAGAAACCUUCUUGACCCGUGUGGUGAGGUCCUGUACCAAGAGUUUGAGCAGGUUGUGAAGAGUCUGUAGUUCUUUGGUCUGAAAGCACAAGAAGAGUCGACUUAUUAAAGGAGAAAACAGGAGAUAUUGUUGGUUCUUCUGUCGCUCUACAGUUUCCUUAGACUGAAUAUCAAGUUUAUACUUUAAAUGAUUUACCAUGUGAGCCCCAGAAGACUUCAAUAAACUCCCUCCAUCCCCUGGACACAACAUAUUUUAUUACCAUGUUAAAUAUAUAUAUAUUUUUAAAUGUUUUUGAAUUUUAAUCAUAGUUUUAGCAUAGUUUUUUUUCUCUUUGCUUGUUUAGUUUUGUCAUCUGUGUAAAAGGUGCUAAACAAAUAAAGUUGAAUUGAUAAACUGAAUAA